CCGGAAGUCUCCCGCAGGUCUUCAAGGCUCCGUGCUGCGGGCGGUUCGCGGAUCUAUCCAGCCUCCUGGUGGAACCAUGUCUCCUGCAGCUGGGGGUGUGCCUGGAACACUUUGCCGCCCAAGAGGAGUUGCUGUCUGAAUUCUCCAUGAAUUUUGGCAAAAAGGAAUGGUAGAGCUGCGGGCUGAAAAUGUAUCCAACCUAGAGGAAGAUGUAGGCGGGAGAGCUUGCAUCCCCUCGUGAGAAUCGCUGCUCUUUGAGAUGUCCCAAAAGCAGACCGCAGUGUUCAUCUUGAAAGAGAGCUCAUAACCAUCUCUGGGGCCACACUGAGAAACAGUUUGGCUCUGUGUCUCCCAGGAUGGACUUCUUGGUUCUCUUCUUGUGGUACCUGACUUUUAUACUGGUUACUGUAAUUCUGAUCUGCAUCUGCUCAAAAACCCCUCGUUUGAAAGGCCUGGCCCAGGAAGGAGCACAGCUAUGUUCCUGUGUGUUCCCAAAGUGCCUUCAGAGAGCCACACAGAGAUUUUUCCAUUACCUCUUCCACACACGCAACCACAUCUUCAUCGUGCUGCACCUGGUCUUGCAAGGGACAGUUUAUGUGGAAUACACCUGGGAAAUCCUUGGCUACUGUCAAGACCUGGAGUUUUCUUUGUCUUACCUUCUUCUGCCCUAUCUCUUGCUGAUUGUCAACCUGGUUUUCUUCACCCUGACUUGUGUAACCAAUCCUGGCACCAUCACAAAAGCAGAUGAAUUACUGUUUCUUCAAGUUUAUGAAUUUGAUAAUGUGAUGUUUCCCCAGAAUGCGAGGUGCUCUACCUGUGACUUACGGAAGCCAGCUCGGUCCAAGCACUGCCGUGUGUGCGACAGGUGUGUGCACCGCUUCGACCAUCACUGUGUCUGGGUGAAUAACUGCAUUGGCGCCUGGAACACCAGGUACUUCCUCACCUACCUCUUGACGCUGACAGUGUCUGCUGCCACCAUAGCUGCCGUGAGUGCUGCAUUUCUGGUCCACCUGGUGAUGGUGUCCGAUCUGUACCAAGAAAUGUACCAUGAUGACCUUGGACGCCUCCAGGAGAUGGACUUUGUCUUGAUUAUUCAGUACCUGUUCCUGAGCUUUCCAAGGAUCGUUUUCUUGCUGGGCUUCGUCCUGGUGCUGAGCUUCCUCCUGGGGGGCUAUUUGUGCUUUGUGAUAUACUUGGCUGCCACCAAUCAGACCACCAAUGAGUGGUACAGAGGUGACUGGACCUGGUGUCAACACUGCCCCCUUGUGGCCAGAUCCCAAUCAGCAGAUCCCAAAGUCUAUAGGAACAUUCACUCCCGAGGGCUUUGGAGCAACCUUGGAGAGAUCUUUCUACCUGCCCUCCCCUAUUACCAGAAAAAGAAGAAAUAGAAUGGAGAGAUUGUUACUACUGUUUAAAUACAGUAUAUAUUCAUUGUUUCGGA